GGAUGAUGUCGCCUCGACGGUCUGGCGGGAUGUUGACGCCCUGCGUGACCGUGUUGAUCGAAAUUGGGUUGUCGUUGUAUGUGUCACGUCUUCAACACGUCGAGGGAUCCCUCGACACAAGAGAGCUUCUGGGUGGUAGGGAUUCGUCGUGUCAAACACGAUGAUGCUCCUAAGGAGGCUGUUGUCGUGUUCGAGACGACCAUCCCAAUGGACGUUGCUGUGUUCGACUUCUUCGACCGGAAUAAGAUUCAAGGUCACAAAGCCGUGACUCGCAAAGAUGAAAAUCAUGAAACCAUGACGGAACCAAAAAGUGUGAUGUCAGGAGUCGCACUGGGACAAUCUUCAAGAUCACUCGGAUGGAUAUCAGUGCGACCAACGAUGUCCGGGGAAACGGACGAGGCCUAUCAGGCCCGGAAGCUGGUUAUGAUUACCGAAGCUAAGCAAUGGUCGGAUGCAGUAGCAGCCGCAACAAAGAAGAAGGCAGAGGACGUCGAAAAGGUACGUCUGUUGGCAAUUGAACAGCAGCGCCAGCAAGACGAGGCAGCAGCAAAGGCUGCCGAUGAAGAACGACUUCAACGCCGCGAGAAGAUAUUCAGCGGAGAGCGAGCUUUGCUCACAUUGGCAGCGGACUGGCGGGCUGAGGCCGGGAAUGACAAUCUGGAAGAGAGUGGAAAUAAGAUCGCUCUCCUUCUUAGCCAUCUCACGGACCUGCUGACCACGUGCAUUGCACAGCAGGAGGACAUUCACAACCUCUACUCUGCGGUUCAGACACACAAUCAGGGGUUUGACAAACGCACUAGCCGCCUCCAGCAGCUGGAACAAACCGUGGCCGCCCCUGUUGCCAGCUCUUCCAACACCUCCGAUCGCCUUGAGGCAUUGGAGCUUGACGUCGGAUCCCUCAAGGACGGCGUGCAGUUACAGCAAACCGCAACGCAACAGUUGGAGCAGCGGAUCUGUACUGCCGCCAACCACUCGAGCUCGAAACCGCGCGAGAUAGCUCCAAACUUCGAUGGGCAGGAGAUCUUCUGCAACUCGACAAAGACAGAUCCGCAAGUUUGGACUCACACUGCAGCUACACUACUCGACUUGCAUACCAAGAUCAGUUGGGAUGAUCUGAAGGCGGCGUGGCAUAAGCGAUCCCAAGUAGAGCCGUCGGAGAUCAAGGCAAUGGACAAGCUGAUGGUCUUCGAACAAGGCACACUGCCGAGUGUUGACUGGAUUGCUGAGUACCAACGCUUGACAUCCGUCUCGGACAUCCAAAUGGGCUUCAAAGCCAUCCAACACUACUUCAUAUCGAGAGCGUGUUCGGCGUUGGGCAAUGCCUUGACUCACGUCGAGGACACCCUAACGACACCGACAUAACUUUUUGACAAGGCCGCGUAGAUUAUUGUCACGAACAAGGAGGCCAAGAAUCUCCGGCGUUCGUUUGCACCAGGCCUGGGCAAAGAUCAACGUUGGCCGAAAGUGGUCAUGGUCGCGACGGCAACGCCAAACGACCAAACUGGCGAGGUCGUGUCUGCCAAUGAAGGGGACAGACUCGC